AUGCCAUCUUCGUUCUGGUUGUCAGUCCGACAAGAGCCACCUUGUUCUCUGUACGGGACCCUCAUGAACACACAAAGUUCAGGUCUGUCUGCCAAAUACACAGGUCACAGAGAGCUCCCACGGGUAGAGAGGGCCCUCGUGCUGUUGCCUCUGGUGUGGAGCCGCUUCAGUGCCUGUCACUUCCAGAGCAAUGGUCAGGUGCUGCGCGUUAACUCACGCUGGAAGAGAAGACAGAUAUUUUCAACAGUUCAGCACAAAGAGACAACUUCCCAUGAAAUUCUUUUGACUCACUUCAAGAAAAAUAAGGUGGAGAUAGCGAAUGCAAUAACAAAGCCAUUUCCUUUCUUUGAGAGCCUCAGAGACCACUCCCUCAUCACUGAAGAGCUCUAUAAUGAUUCUCAAGAAGCUUGUAAAGACUUGGUUCCUGUAGGAAGAGUGGUGUAUCAUAUUCUCUGCCACCUUGAGAAGAUGUUUGAUUGGUCACUUCUACAAGCUCUGUUCAGCAGGGUUCAUCUGAAGGAGUAUCCUGAUUUAAUUCAGGUUCAUAGAAGCUUCAAAAAUGUGAUCCAAGACAAACAUUUUUCCUGGGAAAGUGAUAGAGAAGAGACACACGAAAUGUCCAGCACUCAGCCAAGCUGUGAACGAGGGGCAGAGCUAUCCACACAUGAAAGUCUAGUUCAAUCUUGUGCUGUGGGUCUGAUGGAUAUGCAGAAGACAAUUUCAUCUUGUCCCCCCGAGAUGAACGAAGGAGGCCAGCAAGCAAGGCCAGCACGUGACCAAGCACCUGAAAUAAUUGUGAUCAGCAGUGAAUCCAAUGGGCAGGAAGUGCCUCCGGAAGCCCAGAUAUCAGCACCAAGAUGUGGACCUGGUGAGGAGUGUGAGGAUGGCCAGCCUCAGCCUGCAGAGCACCUGGCAUCUGAAUUCAGAGCUCCUGUUUCUUGA